AUGGCUGUGUUUGGGGAAGCUGCCCCGUACCUGAGGAGACCUGAACGAGACAGAAUUGAAGCCCAAAAUAGGCCUUUCGAUGCCAAAACGGCAGUGUUUGUGGCGGAUCCAAAGGAGCUGUUUGUUAAGGGCUCUCUGCAAAACAAAGACGGUGGCAAAGCGACUGUUAAAACUCAAUCAGGACAGGUUGUAACAGUGAAGGAUGACGAAGUCUUCCCCAUGAACCCACCCAAGUUUGACAAGAUCGAGGAUAUGGCCAUGAUGACCCACCUCAAUGAGGCCGCCGUGCUGUAUAACCUCAAAGAGCGUUACGCAGCGUGGAUGAUCUAUACCUACUCUGGCCUGUUCUGUGUCACUGUGAACCCUUACAAGUGGCUCCCAGUGUACAACCAAGAGGUCGUGCUAGGCUACAGGGGCAAAAAGCGCCAGGAGGCUCCACCACACAUCUUCUCCAUCUCUGACAACGCCUAUCAGUCAAUGCUCACUGAUCGAGAAAACCAGUCCAUCCUUAUCACUGGAGAAUCUGGUGCAGGAAAGACUGUCAACACCAAGCGUGUUAUCCAGUACUUUGCGACAAUCGCAGGAUCUGGGGACAGAAAAAAAGAUGCUGGGAAUCUGGAAGACCAAAUCAUCUCUGCUAACCCCUUACUUGAGGCUUUUGGAAACGCCAAGACUGUCAGAAAUGAUAACUCGUCACGUUUUGGCAAAUUCAUCAGAAUCCACUUUGGAACCACAGGCAAACUGGCUUCUGCUGAUAUUGAAACUUAUUUGUUGGAAAAAUCCAGAGUAACGUUUCAGCUGGCUGCAGAGAGGAGUUACCACAUUUUCUACCAGAUCAUGUCCAACAAGAAGCCUGAGCUCAUAGAGACUCUCCUCAUCACCACCAACCCCUUUGACUUCCCAUUUGUCAGCCAGGGGGAGAUCAGUGUGGCCAGUAUUGAUGACAGUGAGGAACUGAUGGCCACUGAUAGCGCUAUUGACACCCUGGGUUUCACUGGAGAGGAGAGGAUUGGCAUCUACAAGCUAACAGGUGCUGUGAUGCAUUAUGGGAAUAUGAAGUUCAAGCAGAAGCAGAGAGAGGAGCAGGCAGAGCCAGACGGGACAGAGGUGGCUGACAAAGCAGCUUACCUGAUGGGUCUGAACUCUGCAGACCUGCUGAAAGCAUUGUGUUACCCGAGAGUGAAGGUUGGGAAUGAGUACGUGACCAAAGGGCAGACGGUUCAGCAGGUCUACAACUCUAUUGGUGCUUUGGCCAAAUCAGUCUAUGAGAAGAUGUUUCUGUGGAUGGUCCUCCGUAUUAAUCAGAUGCUGGACACCAAGCAACCCAGACAGUUUUUUAUCGGAGUCCUGGACAUUGCUGGGUUUGAAAUUUUUGAUUAUAACAGUCUGGAACAGCUCUGUAUCAAUUUCACCAACGAGAAACUGCAACAGUUUUUCAACCAUCACAUGUUUGUAUUGGAGCAAGAGGAGUAUAAGAAGGAAGGCAUUGAGUGGGAGUUCAUUGACUUUGGGAUGGACCUGGCUGCCUGUAUAGAGCUCAUCGAAAAGCCAAUGGGCAUCUUUUCCAUCCUUGAGGAGGAGUGCAUGUUCCCUAAAGCCUCAGACACCACCUUCAAAAACAAGUUGUAUGACCAGCAUCUUGGAAAAUCCAGUAACUUUCAGAAGCCCAAGCCUGUCAAAGGCAAGGCUGAAGCUCACUUCUCCUUGGUGCACUAUGCUGGCACGGUGGACUACAGCAUUACAGGCUGGUUGGACAAAAACAAGGACCCACUGAACGAGACCGUCGUCCAGCUCUACCAGAAAGCCAGCCUGAAGUUACUGGCAUUCCUCUAUUCUAACUAUGCUUCAUCUGACGCAGCAAAGAAGAAGGGCUCGUCCUUCCAGACUGUGUCAGCCCUCUUCAGGGAGAAUCUGGGGAAGCUAAUGACCAACCUGAGGAGCACCCAUCCUCACUUUGUGAGGUGCCUGAUUCCAAAUGAAACUAAAACGCCAGGGAUUAUGGAGCAUCAUCUGGUUAUCCAUCAGCUGCGCUGUAACGGUGUGCUGGAAGGAAUCAGGAUCUGCAGGAAGGGCUUCCCCAGUAGGAUCCAGUAUGGGGAUUUCAAGCAAAGGUACAAAGUACUGAAUGCUAGCGUGAUCCCUGAAGGACAAUUCAUUGACAACAAGAAAGCUGCUGAGAAGCUCCUGGGCUCUAUUGAUGUGGAUCACACGCAGUAUAAGUUUGGGCACACCAAGGUGUUCUUCAAAGCAGGACUCUUGGGUCUACUGGAAGAGAUGAGGGAUGAAAAACUGGCCUCUCUCAUCACCAUUACUCAAGCCUUGUGUCGUGGUUUUCUCCGAAGGAAGGAUUUUCAGAAAAUGAUGGAGAGGAGAGAGUCCAUUUACAUCGUCCAGUACAACAUUCGCUCCUUCAUGAAUGUGAAACAUUGGCCAUGGAUGAAACUCUACUUCAAGAUCAAGCCACUCUUGAGGAGUGCUGAGACUGAGAAGGAGAUGGCAAACAUGAAGGUGGAGUUUGCCAAGUGUAAGGAGGAUUUAGCCAAAGCUGAGUCUAAAAGGAAGGAACUGGAAGCCAAAAUGGUUUCCCUGCUUCAGGAGAAGAACGACUUGUGUCUGCACAUUCAAUCUGAAAGUGAGAGUUUGGCAGAUGCAGAGGAACGGUGCGAAGGCCUGAUUAAGAACAAGAUCUCACUGGAGGCUAAAACCAAAGAACUCAGUGAGAGACUAGAGGAUGAGGAGGAGCUGAACGCUGAGCUGACCGCCAAGAAGAGGAAGCUGGAGGACGAGUGCUCUGAGCUGAAGAAAGACAUCGAUGACUUGGAGCUCACUCUGGCUAAAGUGGAGAAGGAAAAACAUGCCACUGAAAACAAGGUCAAGAAUUUGACAGAAGAAAUGUCAAGUCUUGAUGAUACUAUUGCCAAGUUGUCGAAGGAGAAGCUGGCCCUCCAAGAGGCUCAUCAGCAGACGCUGGAAGACUUGCAAGCAGAGGAAGACAAAGUCAACUCUCUGACCAAAGCAAAAAUCAAGCUCGAGCAACAAGUCGAUGAUCUUGAGGGCUCUCUGGAACAAGAGAAAAAGGUCCGAAUGGACGUCGAGAGGGCCAGAAGGAAGCUUGAGGGAGAUCUGAAGCUGACUCAGGAGUCCAUUAUGGAUUUAGAAAAUGGCAAACAACAGCUGGAGGAACGCCUUAAAAAGAAAGAUUUUGAAUUCAGCCAACUUGUAUCCAAAAUUGAGGAUGAGCAGAGUGCGGCUGUACAAUCUCAGAAGAAGAUCAAGGAGCUUCAGGCACGUAUUGAAGAGCUGGAGGAAGAGAUGGAAGCAGAGCGUGUUGCCAGAGCCAAGGUGGAAAAGCAAAGGUCUGAUCUCUCUAGGGAGCUCGAGGAGAUCAGCGAGAGGCUGGAGGAAGCCGGGGGAGCCACCACAGCUCAGGUAGAGAUGAACAAGAAGCGAGAGGCAGAGUUUCAGAAACUGAGACGAGACCUUGAAGAAUCGACCCUCCACCACGAGGCCAUCGCCGCAGCUUUAAGGAAGAAGCAUGCUGAUAGUGUGGCCGAGCUGGGAGAACAAAUUGACAACCUGCAGAGAGUCAAACAGAAGCUUGAGAAGGAGAAGAGUGAGUACAAGAUGGAGAUUGAUGACCUGUCCAGCAACGUAGAGGUCAUGGUCAAGGCAAAGGUUAAUUUUGAAAAGCUGUGCCACUCUCUGGAAGACCAACUCAGUGAAUACAAGGCGAAGCAUGAUGAGAACACUCAUCUGAUCACUGAAUUAAAUGCUCAAAGAGCAAGACUUCAGAAUGAAAAUGGUGAGUUUUCUCGUCACCUUGAGGAGAAAGAAGCGGUGCUGUCUCAGAUGUCGAGGGCCAAGCUUGCCUUUUCUCAGCAAAUAGAAGAACUGAAGAGGCAGGUUGAGGAGGAGACAAAGGCGAAGAAUGCCCUCGCCCAUGCUCUUCAGUCUGCCCGCCAUGACUGCGACCUGCUGAGGGAGCAGUUUGAGGAGGAGCAGGAGGCUAAGGCUGAGCUCCAGAGAGCACUGUCCAAGGCCAACAGUGAGGUGGCCCAGUGGAGAACCAAAUAUGAGACUGAUGCCAUCCAACGCACCGAUGAACUCGAAGAGGCCAAGAAAAAACUUGCCCAACGUUUGCAGGAGGCUGAGGAGGGCAUCGAGGCUGUGAACGCCAAAUGUUCGUCUUUAGAGAAGACAAAGCAGAGGCUGCAGGGGGAGGUGGAAGACCUCAUGGCUGAUGUAGAGAGAGCAAAUGCUCAAGCAGCUGGACUGGACAAAAAGCAGAGGAGCUUUGAUAAGAUUUUGUCUGAGUGGAAACAGAAGUAUGAGGAGAGUCAAGCUGAGCUGGAUGGUUCACAGAAAGACUCUCGCUCCCUCAGCACGGAACUGUUCAAAAUGAAGAAUUCUUAUGAAGAAGCUUUGGAGCACCUUGAAGUCCUGAAGCGAGAGAAUAAAAACCUGCAACAGGAAAUUUCUGACCUGACCGAGCAACUUGGGGAGAAUGGCAAAGCCAUCCAUGAGCUGGAGAAAACUAAGAAACAAGCAGAUAAUGAGAAGACUGAGAUCCAGACUGCUUUGGAGGAAGCUGAGGCUUCUCUGGAACAUGAAGAAUCCAAAAUUAUGCGUAUCCAGUUGGAGCUCACUCAGGUGAAAGGAGAGGUCGAUCGCAGGUUAGCCGAGAAGGAUGAGGAGAUCGAACAGAUGAAGCGCAACCAUCUGCGCAUUGUGGAGACGAUGCAGUCCGCAUUAGAUGCUGAGACACGCAGCAAGAACGAUGUAAUGAGAAUCAGGAAGAAGAUGGAGACUGACCUCAAUGAGAUGGAGAUCCAGCUGAGCCACGCCAACCGGCAGGCUGCUGAGGCCCAGAAGCAGCUGAGGAAUAUGCAAAGCCACCUCAAAGAACAAACCCUUCACCUGGAUGAGGUGCUGCGGAACCAGGAGGACCUGAAGGAGCAGGUGGCCAUGGUGGAGCGCAGGAGCAGCCUGCUGCAGGCGGAGGUGGAGGAGCUCCGGGCUGCCCUGGAGCAGUCAGAGAGAGGCCGCAAGUUAGCUGAAGGGGAACUGGCUGAUGCCUGUGAGAGAGUUGGAUUGCUGCACUCUCAGAACACCAGUCUGCUCAACUCCAAGAGGAAGCUGGACGCAGAUGUCAGCCAGCUGCAGGGUGAAAUGGAGGAAGCAAUCCAAGAGGCUCGCAAUGCCGAGGAGAAAGCCAAGAAGGCAAUCACUGAUGCAGCCAUGAUGGCAGAGGAACUGAAGAAGGAGCAGGACACCAGCAGCCACCUGGAGAGGAUGAAGAAGAACCUGGAAGUUUCUGUGAAGGAUCUGCAGCACCGUCUGGAUGAGGCGGAGAACCUGGCGUUGAAGGGCGGCAAGAAGCAGCUCCAGAAACUGGAAACACGGGUUCGUGAGCUGGAGGGGGAAGUGGAGAGUGAACAGAAAAGGGCCGCCGACGCCGUCAAAGGAGUCCGCAAAUACGAGAGGAGAGUCAAGGAGCUCAGCUACCAGACUGAAGAGGACAAGAAGACUGUGCUGAGACUGCAGGACCUGGUGGACAAGCUGCAGCUCAAAGUCAAGGCAUACAAACGGCAGAAUGAAGAAGCUGAGGAGCAGGCCAAUAUUCAUCUUGCUAAGCUGAGGAAGGUGCAGCAUGAGCUGGAAGAGGCGCAGGAGCGGGCAGACAUCGCCGAGUCCCAGAUCAACAAGAUGAGGACUAAAAGCAGAGAGUAUGGAAAGGCUGCUGAAUCAGAGUAAACCCUGCAGCGAUGACUCAUCCUCUAAGCAAGUUUUAAGUGCAAGUAGAAGCUCAAUUAAUUGAAGAA